AUGCGGCUCACAUUUAACCUUGCGCUGCUCAUAGCAGUGGCACAUACCCUACCGAUACCAGUUUUACCGCCAUCAUCACCACCGCAAACAGACACUGUUUCACCUGUUGCAACAACGCCCGUGCCCAGUUCGGCAUCAACAACGUCUGGCGAGGCCAACUCAGCAGCGAUGCCUGCCACCGUGCCUCCUGUGACCGGUUCUGUUGCUAACUCUCAAGAUGACCAAGUUAAAACAGCGGUUAUGCCACCAUCCGGCGAGAUGAAGACCGCCGUUAUGCCUCCAGACUAUGCCCCUCCGACUGACCCUAGCAUAAAGUCCCAAACUGACCAGUCCAAGGCAGAAGUGGUCCCGCCGCCAGCUAACGAUCAAGCUACUACGACAGUGAAUUCCUCAGCAGGAGCUGUAGUUAACCCCAAUCCAGGAUCAGAAAGUGCCACAACAGGAACAGUUGUUACGCCGCCCGCCGCCGGAGUCGGCGCGCCGGCUGUGACAGUGCCGGCAGAUACCACUAACGUUACGUUAACGGGGGCCCCGGAAGGCUCCAACCCUCCCUCAGCACCAUCUACACCAUCAACGCCUUCCGAAACUAAACCGACUGAGCCAGAGUCUCCGUCACCAGCAGCCAUCCCCAACUCAGCCCAACCGGCAGCUGGGACUACUCCGCCAGCCUCGCCCCCUCCGGCUGAUGCACCAUCAAACCCUGAUCCCACUGCUGCUGCCCCUGCAGCUGGAACCACUCCGACAGCCUCGCUCCCUCAGGUCGACACGCCAGUGGUGGCUGUACCUGAUGCGGCGGCUCCGGCAGCGAAUGUGCCACCAACACCUGCUAGCACAGAGUCUGGGUCAACAAGUGCUGCCAACUCGACUUCUCCUGCUACUGGGGAGUCCAAACCCGCAGACGCCAGCCAGGCCCCUGCACCAGUGCCAGCUGGAGACUCUGCUCCGGCUGCCGUUGAUGCCAGCCCCCGGCCGGCAAACGGUGGAAUUUCUACAGAUACGCCAGGCGGACAGGCCUCGGUCCCGAACGGCUCUGGCACUUCGGAGAAUGGCUCCAAGGAUGGAAAAGAUGAACCCGCAAAGGCUGACGCUGGCUCAUCUAACCCAACCGAGUCAACCUUGAACACGGAACCUGGCGCCGGUGCUGGCGCGAACUCAACCGCACCAGCUUUUGGAGACUCGACACCUGCAACAAGUGGUCAACCUCCCGAGGGCAAGGCAGCAAACCCAGAAAAAACUGCACCCAACUCAAUUGCUCCUGCUGCAGUAGAUCCAGCGGCUACCAAGGAUGGACAGGACUCGAGCCAGGUAUCUGCUCCGCCGGCUGGACAGAAUGUGACCACGCCUGCCGGAGACAGCAAUCCACCCGCAGCGGACAAAAAGCCCGAUAACGAGCCAGCAACCCCGACAGGUCAUGAUGCACAUACCGCUCCCACGGACAGUCCUGCAUCCACUGCCGACAAAAAGCCGGAUAGCGAGCCUGGCUCAACGUCCCCAUCAGGUCAGAAUACCACGACACCUGCCACAGAUAACAGCGCCUCAUCUGCCGCGGACAAGAAGCCCGAAAGCGAACCGGCACCCCCAGCAUCUUCCCCAGCAGACCAGAGUGCUACCGCACCUGUCACGGACAGUACUGUGCCUGCUGUUGACAAGAAGCCGGACAAUGAGCCUGCACCUGAACCAGUGUCCACGGCUGGUCAAAACGCGACCGCUCCGGCUGGAGAUAGCACUUCCCCCACGAUAGGCACAACGCCUAACAGCGAGCCCGCGCCGGCUUCGCCCGCCUCGCCGGGCGGCCAAAAUGCAACCGCCCCUACCACGGAGAGUACUUCAUCCCCUGCCGAUAAGAAGUCUGAUAGCGAAGCUGCGCCUGUACCGGAUAAAAAGCCAGAAAGUGAACCGGCAACCGCGACCGUGCCUACCGAGAAUAGCACCACGUCGGAAACAGACAAAAAGCCGGAUAACGAGCCUAAACCGUCACCUACACCGUCACCUACAACCGGUCAAAAUGCGACGGCGCCUGCCACAGAUAUCACUGGAUCUACCGCUGAUAAGAAGCCAGAUGGCAAGCCUGUGCCAACCCCCACGACAGAUCAAAACACAACUACAUCUUCAGGGAACAGUACCGUAUCUGUUACAGACGUCAAGCCGGAGAAUAAGCCUGAACCGGAAUCGCCCACAGGGCAGAAUGCAACCACAUCUGCAGGGAACAGCAGCACACCUGAAGCAGACAAGAAACCAGAGAGCAAGCCUGAGCCGGCAUCUACACCAGCUCAGGAUGCAACCAAGUCAAACGGGAACAGCACAGCAUCUGCAACAGAUAGCAAGCCAGCUAGUCAGCCAGAAUCUUCUCCGAAAAAGAACGGCACUGCCACGGCCUCGACUGGAACUAGCACAGCGCCUUCAAAUGGAACGGCGCCUGCUGAUGCAACCCCAAAGCCAGCCAAUGUGACAUUGACCGAAAGCGGAUCCAGGAACACAACUUCUGUUCCAGUCCCGGUGACCGCGGCAAACUCGACGAUAACUUCGGGAUCUGGAUCGAACGCCACCGCAACUUCAGGAGGGCAGUCGUCCACUUCUGGAGGUAGCAACACGACAAGUACAGAGACCGGCGCUGCAAAUCUGAGUGGAGACAAGUCCGGUUCUUCCAAGAAUGGGAUGGACACAGCAGGAUCUGGUGAUAAGAAAUCCCUAGACGACAAGAAGACAGAAGAUGAAAAGAAGGCAGCCGAUAACAAGAAAGCAGAGGAUGAAAAGAAAGCAGCUGAAGAAAAAGAUAAGCUGUGCAAGGAAAACAGGAAGUGGGGUAAGAACUGCCGCCGAAAAGGCCGCAGAAAGGGUCACAAGAAGGAUGAUAAGAAAGAUGGCAAGAAGGAUGAUAAAAAGGACAAGAAGAACGAAGACAAGAAGGACGACAAGAAGGACGACAAGAAGGACGACAAGAAGGACAAGAAGAAGGACGACAAGAAGGACGAAGACAAGAAGGACGACAAGAAGGACAAGAAGAAGGACGACAAGAAGGACGACAAGAAACCCGACCCCCAAGCUCCUCCGCCCAAGACAGGCGAGGAAUGGACGAUCGUCGACUUCACCCGCGACUGCGGCGCACAAAACUCGACAUGCAAAGUUUCAUUCUCCGUCGACCGCAAGGAUGGAUCCAAGCCCGAGGUUUGCAAGUAUGAGCAAAAGGGUCCCGAGGCAGCCGUUGCCGAGCAAAAGUGCAGUGACAACUUCACCGUCGCCUCGCAGUGGAGUGGCCAGUUUGGCCCCGGCGAGGGCUUCUCGACCCUCUCGGUCAUCAUCAAGAAUAAGAGUCUAAUUCUCUGGCCCGCAUACAAGGACUCUGAGAUCACGCCUGGGAAGGCUGUGAAACCGGACAAAUCGUACCCGGUGCACAAGCUGCCUUAUUAG